AUGGUUGAUUGUUUAAAUCGUUUAUUUCGAUUUGAUGAAGCACAGAAUUUAAUUUAUGAAUAUGAAAAAUCAAAUAAACCAAGUUUUUUCAUGAAUACAUCGUUAUUAUCCGGUGCACGUAAUAAUCGAAAUCGUAAUCUAUCUGAGAUGAUAUAUAGAAGAAUGAAAUUUUUAUUUCCUGAUGAAAAACAAGAUCUUGUAUCUGGAGUAGUUCUUCUUUCAAACAUGUAUGCAUCGGUGGGAGAACAUGAAUUAGCAAAAAGUUUUCGAUAUAAUCAAAUGAAGGAAUUAAGAACAAAGGUCAAAGUAGGAUUCACAUGGACGGAAGUGAAGGGCCAAUUAGCGGAAUUCGCGGUUCAUGAUCGUUCACAUCCAAAAUCGUCACAAAUUUUUGCUGAACUUGAUCGUUUAACAUCCGAAUUAAUUGCAAAUGGCUAUAAAUGUGAUGCUUCAUGA